CACGUACCCAAACACCAAAGUUCACAUUUAAACAUUUUCAUCCACUUUAUUUGAGGUUCUCUUGCAAGCAUUCUGUUGGCAAUACAGGAGCUUCUCGCUCGCCAAGAUGAACCUCUUGCUGAGCUCCGUUCUCUUUUCUCUCGCUGUAAAGCUUGCAUGGUGCGGAAUCAAAGACUUCCACGAGCAUUUUGAACAGCUCAGUGACGCUCAGUCGGUCGACCCUCGUGGGUUCCAUGGCAAUGAAACGCUUAAUCUCUCGCCCGAGUUUCAUAAAGAGAAUACAGUGACUGAUGUCUUGAGCGUUGAAGAGGAGGAGGAGGAAGACUAUAUUGACUUUGAUAAAAUACUAAAUGAAUAUGAAUUCUACUUUGACAUCAUUGAGCCAGAUCCCGUUUCGGAGGUCACGCAAGGGAACAUUCUGGAGCUUUUCCAAAGGAAAAGCAGAAUCCAGCGUCUCAAUAUCCUCAAUGCAAACUUCGCCUUCAACCUUUACCGGAGUCUGAAGGACAAAGUCAACGUUUCAGAAAACAUCCUUUUGGCUCCGGUGGGCAUUUCCACAGCCAUGGCUAUGCUUUCGUUGGGACUGAAGGGUCAAACACAGGAGGAGGUAUUGGCUACUUUGGGCUUCGGAGACUUUGUGAACGCCAGCUCCAAGUACGACAUAGCGACCAUUCACAACCUCUUCCACAAGCUCACUCACCGGCUCUUCAGGAGGAAUUUUGGCUACACGCUCAGGUCAGUCAACGAUCUUUACAUUCAAAAACAAUUUCCUGUCUUGAGUGAGUUCAAAAACAACAUGAAAAAGUACUAUUUUGCUGAGGCUCAGCCGGCUGACUUCUCCGACCCAGCCUUCAUUGCUAAAGCGAACCAGCGGAUUUCGAAGCUCACCAAAGGUUUAAUAAAGGAAGCUCUCGUGCAUGUAGACCCCGCCACGCUGAUGAUGAUUCUCAACUGCUUAUACUUUAAAGGAACCUGGGAAAACAAGUUCCCAGUGGAUAUGACACACAAACGCACUUUCCGCCUCAAUGAAAAAGAGACUGUGAAAGUUGACAUGAUGCAGACGAAGGCCAAUUUCCUGGCCACUGUGGAUAGCGAGCUAGAUUGCGGCGUCCUCCAACUGCCGUACGUGGGCAAUAUCAGCAUGUUGAUUGUACUGCCGCAUAAGCUCACAGGCAUGAACAAGCUGGAGAAACAACUGACGCCCCAGGUGGUGGAGAGAUGGCGGAAGAGCAUGACCAACAGAACGAGAGAAGUAGUCGUGCCUAAAUUUAAGCUGCAGAGGAGCUACGACUUGAUCGAGUAUCUGAAAGCACUGGGAAUAAAUGAGCUUUUCACCCAGAAUGGAAACUAUUCUGGGAUUUCAGAAGAGAGCAUCAUCAUUGAUAAGUUCAAUCAUCAAGGGACUAUCACGGUGAACGAAGAAGGCACCGAAGCUUCCGCAGUGACCAGUGUAGGCUUCAUGCCCCUUUCCACUCAAAUUCGUUUUAUUAUCGACCGCCCUUUUCUAAUCCUCAUCUACGAGCACCGCACCAGCUGCUUGCUUUUCAUAGGCAGAGUUGCCAACCCAAACAAGGUUUAAAAGCAGAGAUGAGCUUUCUAGAAGAAGGCAUCUCGGCAGCCUUCCUACGUUUUUAAUGUAUCUGUUUUUACAUGCAGAUUUUUAGGCGUUGUGUUAAGUCACAAGUGCUAUCAGAUGAAAAAUGCAAUAAAAGCCCGAAUAAAAGUCACAGCGAUAAGAUGA